UCCUAAAUAUCAAGGAGUAUCCAAAAGGUGUAUGAGCUAAUUAAUGCUGAGUGAUAAACUAAUGCUACAACUGUACUGAUCAGAAACAAAAGAAUAUUUUUUUUCCACUUAAUUUCAUCAAAACUUGCUCCAAAAUGCCCCAACAGCACAAAUAGAGGUAGAGAGGUCAAAUUCAGUGGAUAUUUUUAUUUAAUUAAUUAAUUAAUAAUUUUUUUUUUGCAGUGGCCACUCCUGUCUCCCCCCGUCUCCGUGAUACGCAUGCACGCAGAUGAACAGACAGAUGGACAAACUUCUGCUGGAGCUCAAGGGCUGAAGGACACCGUAAAGCGCAGGUGAUAAGCGGCUUUAAUCGGUUAAUUUGGCCUCGGUGGCCUUUGUGCUAGCGGGCUGCAGGCAAACACUCGGGAGCUGGAAACAUCCACGGCACGACACUUUCUCUGCUGUCUGACCCCAGAGUCCUUCGGCUAUCUUCCCAGCAUUAAAGAAAGAAGCAGUUUUCUAUUGAUAUGAAGAUUUUAAUGAGCCAAGAACCGCAUCUGUAUUCUUCUGGAUUUUUUUUCAUCACUAAAUAUUCUUUGUGACAAAAUCUGACUUCAUCACCAUAUUUUUAAUAUUUAAAUAAAAGUUUAACUUUGUAAAUACCAACUUGUGUUUUUGUCCAUCUGCUUUUACGCAGAGGAUUUUUGCGUAAAAGGCGCAACGGUGCGCACUGGAGCUCGUCACUGCAGUCUGCUACAGUCUAAGUGGAGUCUGUGUGACAGCAUGAUAAGGCUACAGUGUGGCAGUCGGACUCCAACCCGGCCUUCAUGAGCCCGUUGGCCGCGCUGCUGUGGCUCGGACGGGAUCAGACCGACGCGGCGCAGAUGGUGGCAAACCUGAGCGCAGCGCAGGAGGCGGGGACAGCGACCGCGGCACUGCACAACCUGCCUGCCCUGGUUUUCGGGGUGCUGCUGAUCGUCGUCAUCAUCUGCGGCAACUUGAUGGUGUGUCUGAGUGUGUUCGUCGAAAAGGCACUGAAAACCACCACCAACUACUUCAUCGUGAGUCUGGCAGUGGCGGAUCUGAUGUUGGCGGUGCUCGUGCUGCCGCUCUUCGUCUAUUCGGAGUUCCAGGAUGGUGUAUGGACCCUCAACACUACCAUCUGUGAUGGUCUCAUGACGAUGGAUGUUAUGUUGUGUACUGCCUCCAUCUUCAAUCUCUGUGCUAUCAGCAUUGACAGGUUCAUCGCUGUGUCAAUCCCGCUCAACUACAACAGGAAGCAUGUGGACCUGCGGCAAGUUGUUUUGCUGUCGGCCACCUGGAUCCUGGCCUUGGCUGUAGCCUCGCCAAUCAUCUUUGGCAUCAACAAUGUCCCAGGCCGCGAUCCGAGGGAAUGUAAACUAGAGAAUGAUGACUAUGUUCUGUAUUCUUCCGUCUGCUCCUUCUUCAUCCCCUGCCCCAUCAUGCUGCUGCUGUACUGUGGCAUGUUCCGCGGCCUGCGACGAUGGGAGGAGGCACGGAAAGCCAAGCUGAAGGACAGCAUCCAGGCGUGCCGCAAGCUGCAGGAGGCCACAGCCACGUUGCCUCCUCUGGCUUCGCUGCCACCUCUGCUGCCUCCCAUUAUAGAGCGAGACCCAGCAGAUACUCUUGAUGAAGCAUCCACCUUGCAGUCCCCAGACCUGCCCCCGAACUCAACAGAGAACAAAGACGGCCCUGUGCCAGCGGUCAGUUUUGCAGAGAUUAAGUUCAACCACGACCCGCGCAGAAGAAAAAGGGCCAAGAUCAACAGCCGCGAGAGGAAGGCUAUGAAGGUGCUUCCUGUCGUUGUGGGUGCCUUCCUAUUCUGCUGGACUCCUUUCUUUGUCCUCCACACAAUGCGAGCACGCUGUCAAGAGUGCCACAUCCCACCAGCCCUAAUGAGCGUGGUGACGUGGCUGGGCUAUGUCAACAGCGCCCUGAACCCUGUCAUAUACACUGUCUUCAACACUGAGUUCAGGAACUUCUUCAAAAAAGUCCUCCAGCGCUGUUGCUCAUAGAACUACCGGAGUGGACGCUGCUCCGUGGACCAUUCUUAAACGCACAACAGCUGCAAGAGAUGCUGCUGACUGUUGAUAUGCUGUCUUUAGUCUGUUCAUGUUGCCAUGGUUUCCUUCCUCUGUGAGGUUUUUAUUUUUCUACAUUUGAUGACAGCAAAGUGUGUUUGAGCUUCAUGUUUCAUGUGAAGAAGCUAUUCUCUUAGUCUAUAAGGUGGAUCAAUAGCAUUUUUGCCAUACACAACUUAUUUUAUAUGUUGAAACUCAUCUUUUCAGAAUAAAUGUUUUUGCUAAAAAUACACAUUAAUAAGACUAGUCUCUUUCAGAGUUUGAGGCCCGCUUGAGAAAAUGUUGACGAGUGCACAGAUGAAUCCAAGAUGUAGGUGGAAGCAGACGGGUGUUGUGGAAGUUUUCCAUUUAAAUAAAGCCUGCAGACGAACGGUGAGCGGUAGCUAACGUUCUUUAAUCCAAACACACAAAGAACAGAACACCAAGCUUGUGGAGAGCCCACAUGACCGCGGGGCAGGGUCAGCAGAGUCUCACUGAGUCUAACGUGGCUCUCAGUUAAAUACCUUCUCCAGGAACAAAAGGCAGUACACAGUUGUUUCACACCUUAAGGUUCACACUCCCU